AUGCUUUUAAACUUGUUGUUCUUCAUUUGUACACUAAUUUCAUCCUUCAUUUUCACUGCUCACUGUUAUAGCAACAAAUGCCUUCGUCACCAGGAAAUCUUGUUGGUUCAACUCAGGGAUGAGAUGAUCUUCAAUUCUUCUCUUUCGACAAAACUGGUGCGAUGGAACGAAAGUGGCGAGUGUUGCAAGUGGCCCGGUGUGGAAUGUGAUGCUUCUGGCUACGUCGUUAGUUUGCAACUCGAUGGUGAGGCCCUUUCCGGUGGAAUUGGGGAUUCGUCGAGUCUCUUCAGAUUUAAAUAUCUGCAGAAGCUUAACCUCGCGUACAAUUACUUCAAUGAUGCCAUUCCAAAAGGUAUUGGAAAUUUCACUUAUUUGACACACUUGAAUUUGUCAUAUGUUGGUUUUGGCGGGCAUGUUCCUUCUGAAAUUUUGACCUUGACGAGAUUGGCUAGUCUCGAUAUCUCCAACAACUUUGGAGAGAUUAGCUUUGAGCACCCAAAUUUGGAGAUGCUUGUCCAAAAUCUAACAGAACUUCGAGAGCUCUAUCUUGAUGGUGUCGAUAUAACUUCCUUGCAUGAAAGGAAAAAUUGGGGCCAUAUUCUAUCAUCACAUUUACCCAACCUCACCUCUUUGAGUAUGGUUGGUUGUUUUCUUUGUGCCCCUUCGCCUAAAUCUUUUUGGCAACUUCAUUCCCUUUCUAUUCUUCGACUAGAUCAUAACGAUCUUUCAGGGAUAACACUUCAUGACUUAUUCACUAAUUUUCCAAGCUUGGCCACCUUGACCCUUUCUAGCUGCAGUUUAAAUGGUUCAAUUCCGUCCACCUUUGCUAACCUAACUAAGCUUAUUCAUGUUGAUUUGUCAUAUAACUCCUUCACAGGCUCACUUCCUUCUACAUUGUUUGCUAACCUCACCAAGCUGAUUCAUGUUGAUCUGUCAGAAAACUCUUUGACAGGCUUACUUCCCUCUUCAUUCUUUGAAGGUGUUUCCAAUCUCGUUCAUCUCGAUUUGUCCAAAAAUUCAUUCUCGGGUAACAUCCCCCACUCUCUGUAUGCUCUUCCUUCAUUGUUGGAACUUGAUCUUAGUUACAACCGAUUUAAUGACACUUUUCAACUCGACAACUUUCAAAGCCUUCCCAAUCUCACAUGGCUUGGUCUAUCAGGCAAUAGCUUGUCAGUAGAUAUUGACAACUUCAAUUCGAGUUCAUCUAGUGGUCUCCAAUUAAAACUGUUACACCUAGCUUCAUGUAACUUGUCCCAUUUUCCUGAUUUCAUCAAAGAUUUGGAUCUGCUAGAAUUGGAUCUCUCGGCCAAUAGUAUUGCAGGGGAGAUUCCUAGUUGGAUUUGGGGAACACAACUUUGGUAUUUGAACCUUUCAUUAAAUCUUCUAACAGAUUUUCAAAAGCCUUACAAUAUUCCUGCUUCUCUUGAGAGCCUAUUGCUGGACUCUAAUCAGCUCAGGGGUGAGUUGCAGUUGCCCAUUCCACUUGAAUCUCAACUCAAUUACUUAUCUGUUGCUAAUAAUAGUUUAAGAGGAUCAAUUCCAACCUCCCUUUGCAAAGCCACACACCUUGAUUCUCUUGAUUUGUUUGGAAAUAAAUUAAGUGGUAGCAUACCCCCUUGCUUACUCCAAACCAUUAGGUGGCUUGAUCUGAAUCAAAAUAGCUUGUUGAUUACCAUGGACAUUGGGAACAACAACAUCAGCGGCAACAUUCCAGAUAUUUUUCCUAUGGAUUGUAGGCUAAACUAUUUGGUUCUUAGCAAUAAUAAUUUAGAAGGGAUGAUCCCAAAAUCUAUCAAAAGUUGCAUGUCGUUGGAGAUUAUGGACGUCGGGAACAACAACAUCAACGAUACGUUCCCAUGCAUGCUAUCAUUCUCAUUGAGCGUUCUUAUUUUGCACUCCAACAGAUUCCAUGGUGAAGUGACAUGUAACAUGACCUUGUCAUUGCUUAGAAUUCUAGAUAUAUCUUUAAAUGAUUUUAGUGGACGUCUGCAAUCGAUAAACUUCUCUAGUUGGAGGGGUAUGAUGGAUUGGAGUGAUGCAGAAUCGUACGGAGUUGGAGUGACAUUAAUCAUGAAAGGCAUAGAGUUAAAACUUAAAAAGAUUUGGCCAGAAUUUGGUAGUAUUGAUUUUUCAUGCAAUAAUUUCAUUGGAGAGAUACCAAAGGCAAUUGGCGAUCUUACCUCACUUCAUCAUCUCAACUUGUCCCACAAUGCCCUCAACGGAAACAUCCCUCAGUCAUUUGGAAACAUGAGUAAACUUGAAUCACUUGACCUCUCUCGAAACCAGCUCGCAGGGCGAAUACCGAUGGGGCUUGGAGAACUCACAUUCCUUGAAGUCUUGAAUCUGUCAUACAAUAAGCUGGUCGGAAUGAUCCCAAAUGGCCGUCAAAUUCAAACAUUUUCAGCUAAAUCCUUUGAAGGAAAUCCCGGCCUCUGUGGUUUCCCUCUCAACAAAAACUGCAGUCAUACUAAUGAGCUAUCAUCGCGAGGACAUGAAGAUGUUGAAGAGAAGAGGGAGAUUGAGUGGGAAUAUGUAUCUGCUGCACUCGGAUAUGUUGUGGGAUUCGGAAGCAUUGUAUGGCUACUUCUAUUUUGCAGAAGCUUCAGAGAGAAAUACUUUAGCAAAAUAGAAGAGGUUGUUGAAGACAUAUUCAUUGCCAGAGACAUGAGAAGAAGGCGUGCAAGAAUGAUAGCCAGGAACCGAGUCAGGAGACAUUAGUGUUGGUAUUGCUAUUAAAUUUCUUGAGAUAUGUUUCCUUCACAUGUGUUUGUGUGUUUUUGAUACAUAAAUAAAUAACAGAACAUGAGGAAGAGCAGCAUUCAGCCAGAGAAGAAGAGCGCCACGAGGAAGAGGUGAUAAUGGAGCAGGAUGAACCAAUUGCUCUUGUUUCUUUAGUCUUUUGUUUAUUAAACUGUGUUUUAUUUUAUUUUAAAUUGAGUCGGGCUUAAAGCCCCAUUCGGGUUUUCUUUGCGGUUCUUUCCUGAAUAGACUAGGAGGUCGAACCGUACAGAUUAGGUUUAAAUGCAUCGUUAGUAUUA